AGUGCCUUCGUCAUCGUGCAGAUUUGCAGUACGGAAAUUUUUCCAGUGUGGGGUGUUAAAUUAUGUUGAUUUUAAUGAAGUGAACAAUAUUAUUGGUGAUGUUGGCCUUAGGCUUAUUGUUAUUUCGCAAAAAAACUCUCAAAGAACACACGUUUAUUGUAGUAAUCCGUCAAAAAUCGAGAAAGCUUCAAACGUGUUUGAAGCUUUCGGUUUCGCAUUAAUGGAACUAUGAACCUGGACUCUUUAACGUUUAGCUUAUCGCAAAUCAAUUAUCUUGUUGUAAAUUUAAGUAAGAAGAACUUUAAGCAAACCAGUCAAGAGUUAACUAAGCUUGUGAACCUAUAUGGCCUGGAAGCUGAAAAUCAACUACUGAGGUGCCUUCUCGCAGAAGCAGCUAAAACCACUUGGGACACUGACAGGUCGUCCUCAUCCGCGGGCAGUAGUGUUCACGCCUCGCUUCUCUCCCAGCAUCUGACUUCGUUGUUAAACCACCCCGCCAAGGCGACCGUAGUCUGUUGCUUGGUUGAUAACCCACCCCGGUCUUUACAAAAGAUAUUAAAGCCAUCAAAUACUUUACUCAACCGGCUUACAAGAUUGCUAAAGUUAACCACUGCCGAGGAUGUUGCCUUUUCAUUGAUUUUGAGGAAGAAUUCAUCAAAACCUGAAAUUGUAUCACUUGCAAAGCAACAUUUGAAAAAGAGAUUUUUAGAACUCGUGCAGUGCUAUCUUGACGCAGAGCGAGGACAUCAAGUAGAGCGUGCAGGCCUUCAGGAAUGCAGCCCUGAAGUUUUGCAAAAUCUUCUGACGAGUCUCGCUCACGAAAAUUUUCGUUUGGCAGCUGUGACUAAGGACUUGUUUCUAAAACGAUUACGAAGUGACUUUCCGCGCGAAGUAGUGCCCAUAAUACUCGCGCCACUGCUGUAUCCUGACGAUACACAGACACCCCUCGAGGAGAUGACCACGGCCGACGACAUGACCGCAGCCAUGAUGGACAACUCAUUCGCAGAUAUAAUCCGAGAUAUCGGCUACAGCUUCACCGCAUCCGUCGAGGAAUGCAAAAACAACAUGUUAAACUUCGGCGCUCGAGAGCCCACUGCGAUAGACGUGGCCAGGGUUAUUUCGAUGAUGGUUCGAUAUCACGCCACAGCCGAGGGCCCGCAAAUACAAACACCAGGAAAUUUUUGGAUGGGUCACGAAGCCAAAAAGGACCUAAUUACACAUGGACAUGGGGAGUCUUGGAACCCUGAAGUUUUUGUUCAAACUCUCAAAGAGCUGGCUUCUAACCUAAACUGGAAAGAAGUGAUUCUACAACUCGAUCAUCCCGAGUUUAUUGUUCCAGAUAGGCAAGGCCUUAAUUUAUUAUUCACUAUCCUAAGAUUGGGGCUGCAGAGUGCAGGAUAUCCGGCAAAUAUUUUUCCUGUUGAAUAUCUUUGUCGUAGGUGGACUAAUCUAGAGGGCCAGCUUAGCUUGCUAAGUAAUAUCCUCAAACAUCCAGAUAUAUUCAGUUUUGCAGACCAUCCCUUUCAUCCCGUGUCUAUUGAUUUAUUAAAAUCACCUCCAGAGACAGAUAACAAAGAAAUAUCUACUUGGCGUUGUUUAUACUUGGUAGAACUGCUACUGUAUGCCGCUGACCGCGACUAUUAUGUCCAAGUGCAUGAGUUAUUCAAGUUUCCUCUGCAGCAUUGUCCUGACAUCCUGCUACUGGCUUUACUGCAAAUAAGUCCACCAAUUACUGUUUUUAGACAAGAGUUAUUGACAACGCUGAUACCGAUUUUCUUGGGUAACCAUCCGAAUUCAGCAAUAAUAUUACACCAUGCUUGGCAUACACAGAAUCCUAACAUAAAGCAUAUAAUAAUGCAUGCUAUGGCCGAUUGGUACAUAAGAGGUGAGAGUGACCAAUCAAAGCUAUCCCGAAUCUUAGAUGUGGCACAAGAUCUUAAAGCCCUGUCUCUUUUAUUGAAUGUGCAAUCGUUUCCAUUCGUUAUUGACUUGGCCUGUUUGGCCUCACGGCGUGAAUAUCUAAAGCUCGACAAAUGGCUGACCGACAAAAUAAGAGACCAUGGAGAGACAUUUGUUUCGGCUAUGGUGAAGUUUUUACAAAGAAGAUGUCCACAGGUUAUCGGGAAAGGACCGGAAGAACAGCUUCCGAAGGCUGCGCAGCUACCGCACGAAACUAUCGCUACUAUGUUAGCUUGCUUGCAGCUCUGUAGUCCCAACGUUCAACCUGACUUACAAGAAGCAAUCUACAAUGUGAUUACUAGUUGUCAGUCGCUAAUACUUAGCAAGACGCGUCAAAACAUUGCGGGUAUAGCUCGACCAACUCACACACGGGUAUUGGAAACUCCCUUCAAUCCUGCUGGCCUCGGCAGUCAGUUGUUUACCCCGCAUGUUGAUUCCAUAGCAACUUUGACCCCGACCGUCGCGAGUAUGAACCUAGGUGCUCCGGCCAACUCAGCUUUUGCUAUGCCAGGUAAUCUUGGUCCUCUAGUUACUACUCCGGGAUCUCCUUCUCGACUUAUGGGUGCUGGACCUAAUAGUCCUUUCGCAAUGAUGCCCUUACAGCACAACACGAACGUGGCUAACAUGGGAGCAUUGGCCAGAAUGGGCCAAGCGCCAGCAAUGGACAAACCGCGUAUUCCAGAUCCCAUACAUUUUCCGGAAAUGAUGCAGAAUGUUUCCAAAGAAAUUGAGGAUGAAGCCAAUGGCUAUUUUCAAAGAAUCUACAACCAUCCACCUCAUCCAACGUUGUCCAUAGAUGAAGUACUCGACAUGUUGAAGAAAUUCCAAGAAUCUCCGAACAAAAGAGAACGAGAAGUAUUUUCGUGUAUGCUACGUAACCUUUUUGAAGAGUACAAGUUUUUUCCUCAAUAUCCAGACAAGGAAUUGCACAUUACUGCUCAACUUUUUGGAGGAAUCAUAGAAAAAGGAUUAGUACCAAGCUACGUUUCGCUGGGAUUGGCUUUACGAUUUGUGCUUGAAGCUCUAAGGAAGCCAGAGGGAUCCAAAAUGUACUACUUCGGUAUAGCUGCUCUGGACAGAUUUAAAUCUCGUCUUAAAGACUACCACAAAUAUUGCGAGCAUGUUAGAGCUAUACCUCAUUUUUGCGAGUUCCCUCCACACUUGAUAGAAUACAUCGAGUUUGGAUUGCAAAGCCAAGAGCCACCUACUAAACCACAGGGAGCUGUGCUGCCCACCAGCCUGGCGGCCAUGCUGACUCAGAGUGCGGUGGUCACUGUGUCUGCCCCUUACAGGGCCGUUGUUUGUGCGCCGUCGGCGAUUUCCGGUAUAUCGAAGGUGACCAAUGCCGCUGGUGGCAUGGGCAGCCGACCCUCUAUCGCUAACGCCACAAACAUUGACACUCUUUUGACUGCCACAGACAAGGAAGAAAAAAUAAAUGCACCACCUGAAGCUAUUCAAGACAAAACUGCUUUUAUUUUCAACAAUCUCAGCCAGCUCAACCUGCAGACGAAGUGUGAAGAGCUCAAAGAAAUCAUCACAGACGAAUACUUCCCAUGGCUUUCUCAAUAUCUGGUCAUGAAGAGAGCGUCGAUAGAACUUAACUUUCACGCUCUGUAUUCAAAUUUCCUUGACGUUCUCAAAAUACGCGACGUGAACAAAAUGGUCACAAAAGAAACUUACCGAAACAUCAAAGUAUUAUUGCGCUCCGACAAAGGUAUCGCAAAUUUCUCUGAUCGUUCGCUGCUGAAGAACCUGGGGCAUUGGCUCGGCAUGUUGACGCUGGCCCGCAACCAGCCCAUUCUUCACGUGGACAUUGACCUCAAAGCACUCCUUCUCGAAGCUUAUCACAAAGGACAGCAGGAGCUUCUGUACGUCGUGCCAUUCGUGGCCAAGGUUUUGGAGUCUUGUGCAAAAAGCAUAGUGUUCAAACCUCCAAAUCCCUGGACGAUGGCUCUAAUGAACGCAUUAGCUGAAUUACACCAAGAGCCUGAUCUCAAACUAAAUUUGAAGUUCGAAAUAGAAGUGCUUUGCAAAAACUUAAGCCUCGACAUCGCAGAUCUAAAGCCUUCCAUAUAUCUUAAAGAUUCAGACAAACUAAGGUUGAUUGAGUUCCAACUUUCUCAACCAAAACCUAACAAGGAAGCAACUAACCAGAUGCCGGUGACCCAAAACAUAGUUCAGACUCCUCAGAUGCAACUGAUGCCUCCUCAGCCUCCGAUGCUGCCGCAGGAGGACAUGGCCGCCACGGCGCCGACGCCGACCAGCGGCCUGGUGGCUAACGAUCCUAGCAUGAUCGGAGUGCUCGGUUUGCCUGAGCCUCGCUUCAAUUACUUGGAUGUUAAUGUAUCUUCUACUUCUGCAUUUGGACAGAAAAUUUGCUUCAAUCCGCACAUCAUUCUCUUCCAAAGCUAUCCGCACCUAAAGCAAUUUGUCAAGCCUGCCAUAGAAAGGUCAAUUCAAGAAUGGAUUCAUCCCGUAGUUGAGCGAUCAAUAAAAUAUGCGCUGACCACUUGUGAGCAAAUCAUCAGGAAAGAUUUCGCGCUUGACCCUGAUGAAGUUCGAAUGCGCACUUGUGCUCAUCACAUGACGAGGAACCUUACCGCGGGUAUGGCGAUGAUAACGUGCAGGGAACAAAUCAUCAGCACCAUUAGCACCAACUUGAAAUCCGCCUUUGUCGCGGCUUUGAUGCCUGCAACACCCCAACAGAAGGAGGUAGUGGAUAGUGCCGCAGCAGUUCUCGCUACUGAAAAUAUGGAAUUGGCUUGCGCUUUCAUCCAAAAGACGGCAGUCGAAAAAGCGCUACCCGAACUCGACAAAAGACUAAUGAACGACUACGACAUGAGAAAAAUCGCUCGCCAGGAAGGCAGACGAUACUACGACCCUAUUGUCUUGACAUAUCAGACGGAGAGGAUCCCGGAACGCGUGCGAUUACGCGUCGGUGGGCCGACUGAUAUGCAAAUCGCCGUAUACGAAGAGUUCGCUUGUAAUAUACCCGGCUUCAUGCCCGUCCGCGACGCCGGCAUGUUCAUCCCCAAACAGCAGCAGGAACAGAUCCCGCAGUUGACUUUCAGCCAGGUCAUGAACCCGACGCAGGUGUACGGCACGGAUGAAAUGAGCACUCUUAUCACGGCUGCCGAGGUCUUCCUAGCGAACUCGAUAGCAGUAGCGUCUCUGGCAGUACAGUCUAACAAUAUGCACUCCCUACUCGAGUGCCUUGCUAUGGCUAGACGAAAUCGGGACAUUGUAUCCGGAUGUACUUUAUUACAGAAGGCCGUGGAAGGUCUCCUGGACGGGCACAUCGUACAGCCGGGCGCGAGCAGCGACCACGUGGAGAUGAUGACGCGCUACCGCGACGUGCACCUGCGCGUGCUGAAGCUGCUCGAGGACGCGCGCGUCUACGGCCACGUGUGGACCACCAAGCAGAUCACCUGCUGCCUCACCGAGUGCAGGGAGGAACUCAAGUACAACCUAGAGGCGGUCGACUGUCUCAUCAGAAAUAACCUUAUCAACCUACCACAGUACGACAUUGCGUUGGCACACAUGAUGGACAACGGCAACAACUACAUGGCGGUCGCAUUCUCCAUGCAGCUAGUACAGCUGUACCUAGUGGACGACAGGAACAAUUUGUACGCGAACGAGUCGGACCUGUACCACACGACGGAGACGCUGAUGCGCAUCAUGUCCCACUCGCGCCAGCCGCCGCCCGAGGGGCUCGGCAGCCUCAUAGAAAUGAUCCGCGUCAACCAGGACCCGAGCGCCUACCUCGGCGAGCGGUCCCCGCUCGGACCCACCGCGCACAUUCAUGCGGGCAUCUUACAAGUACGGGCACGUGAUUACGACGAUCCACCGGGCCUACUUGAGAAAACCGAGAAUCUUCUCCGCGAAUGGAGAAACGUUCUUCUUAACCCCCUAACAGAGAUAGAGAUUGCACAGAAUUUCAAUCUAUAUGUUCACCGAAUGAACAUGAACGGAAUAUUGAAAUCGGACGAUAUGAUAACUCGAUUCUUCCGAAUCGCGACUCAGAUGUGCAUUGAGAACGUGCACCAGCAGAUCACCGACGAGCGAGUGAACCCGCCGCCGUCUCCUCCCAAGCGGGAGAAGUAUUACGCCAUGUGUGAUUCCUUCAUCAAGCUUGUGUCAUUACUCAUCAAGAACACUGCCGACGGAGGCAACCCGACACCCAAACUAAAUCUGCUCAACAAGAUCCUGGGCAUUAUUGCUGGCUGCUUGCUGCAAGACCACGAUGAGCACGGAACAAACUUCCAACAGCUGCCAUACCACCGGUUGCUGCUAAUCUUAUUCCUUGACAUGAACAUGGCCGAACCUGUACUAGAGUCCAUGAAUUUCCAGGUUCUUACUGCGUUCUGCCACACGCUGCGCAUCAUCCGGCCGAGCGUCGUCCCCGGCUUCUGCUACGCCUGGCUCGAGAUGGUCGCACACCGCGCGUUCAUCAACCGAGUAUUAGCUGUCACUCCUCAGCAGAAGGGCUGGGGAAUGUAUUCCACGCUUCUGAUCGACCUGUUCAAGUUCCUGGAUCCCUUCCUGCGCAACACGGAGCUCGCCGCGCCGGUCAUGAUGCUGUACAAGGGCACUCUCAAGGUGCUCCUAGUACUGCUUCACGACUUCCCAGAGUUCCUGUGCGACUACCAUUACGGAUUCUGCGAUGAGAUACCCCCUAACUGCAUACAGAUGAGAAAUCUUAUCCUGUCCGCUUUCCCGAGAAACAUGAGGCUACCCGAUCCGUUCACUCCGAACCUGAAGGUGGAUCUGCUGGCGGAGAUCACGCUGCCGCCCCGCGCGGUCAUCAACUACGCCACCAUGAUUCCCAACUCGCAGUUCAAAAAGGAUUUGGACGCGUACCUAAAAGCGCGAGCACCGGUCACUUUCCUCUCGGAGCUUAGAGGCAACAUGCAGGUGGUUAACGAGCCAGGUCGCCGCUACAACAGCCAGCUCAUGAACGCCGUGGUGCUGUACGUGGGCACUCAAGCUAUAGCGCACAUCCGCUCCAAGGGGCAGACCCCGAACAUGUCCACCAUCGCGCACUCCGCGCACAUGGACAUCUUCCAAAACUUCACUGUUGACUUCGAUUACGAGGGGAGAUACUUGUUCCUCAACGCAAUCGCAAAUCAACUCCGAUAUCCCAACAGUCACACUCACUACUUUAGUUGCUGUCUUCUGUAUCUCUUCGCCGAGGCAAACUCCGAAGCGGUGCAGGAACAAAUCACUAGAAUGUUGCUUGAGAGGCUCAUAGUCAACCGGCCACACCCAUGGGGCUUGCUCAUCACGUUUAUAGAACUGAUCAAAAAUCCAAUUUACAAGUUCUGGUCACACGAAUUCGUCCACUGCGCCCCAGAGAUAGAAAAGUUAUUCGCAUCAGUAGCUCGCUCGUGCAUUGUUGACAAGACGGGCACGGCAGGCGGCGGGCAGGAUAUAGCCGAGUAGCCCCGCGCCAAUUGGGAGUCGGUCCGACACAAGCAUAUCUUGCAAAGCUUGGUCGAGAAAGGCUUCCAGACUGCGGCACCCCAGGGGGCGCAGCCCCUUCCGCAGCCAUCGACUUCUACAGCCCCACCCAAACAUUGUAUGCAGUGGAACAAACUCUUCAAAAAAUGAACAAAACAGUAUUCUCACUACAGCUCAUCAAUACCGGACAUAAUUA